AUGCCAGGACGGACACUUCUCAGGAUGGCGCUGGUGCUCUGGUUGGCCAGGCUGACGCUCCAGGGGGGCACAAGAUAUGGUCUCGGUCCUCAGGCUGCCAAUGGGUACUCACCCAAAUUCAAAGGUAAAGGUCAAGGUGCCACACAACUCGCUGGAAAUGGUGGCAAAUCCAAUGGUGCUGACAAAAUGCUUCUGAAAGGCUAUGGAGCUGCUUCUACUGCUCUAGGAAAUGGGGCCAAGCCAAAUGGUGGCCGUGCGCCUCCAGCUGCAGUCAAAGGAAAUGGAGGGGGCUACGGGUCCAAGCCAAGUAAGCCUGGAUACGGACAGCGGCCUUCUUAUGGUGGAAUUGGAGUAGGCAUGGGGCCUCAGCUGGCUGCCAAACAGAGAGGAGGCUAUGGUAAUAACAACGGCUAUGGCUACAAAGCUCAUUCCUUCAAAGGUUAUGGAAAAGGUCAGGGUGGUCAGGCUGCCUAUCCACAAGCUGGAGCCAGUUUAGGUGGAGGUGGAUUCUCAAACGGAGCAAAAGCUACCAAGCCAGGCUUUGGAACUGGAUCUGCAGGGCAGAAUGGGCAAGGAGCCAACCCCUAUGUUAAUUCUACUUCAAAUUCAGUUGGGCUUGGAACUUAUCCUACUGCAGGAGCUAAAGGGCCUAAACCAGGAUAUGGCCCUGUAACAAAUGGAAAUGAGAAAGCCUCUAAAGGGGCUAGUCUCGGCCCUCAGGCACCAAGAGUUCCAGUAAUGCCAACAUACACCAAGGGAGUUGUACUACCUGCUGAACCUAUGCCUACCAGAGGAGUACCUUCAGCACCAGAACCUACUAUAGGAGUUCCAUUGCUGAUAAAAAAUGAGAAGGGACCAAAACCUGAGAUGCAACCUCAAAUUUUAAAUGUUCAACAAGGAAAAGCUCCUAAGCCAGUAAUCCUGCAGCCAGCCCAGGUGUUUCCACAGAGUAAAGGUCCCAAACCAGCACUGCCAGCAUCAUCUGUCUCACUCGGGCAGGUUCCAGUAGCACCUGAGUCUUUCCUUCAGGGAAAAGCUUCCAAGCCUGCACAGCCAGCUCCAGUAUUCCCAUUUGUUCCACAGGGAAAAGUUCCAAACCCCAUUCCACAGGUUCCACAGCCUGUUGUACCACAUCCAGCACUAGUUUUUCCACAGGGAGUAGCUCCAAAUAUGGUCAUCCCUCAACAAGCUGUUUCACAAGUUAACACUCAGAGACCAGUUGUUUCAGUAAUGCCUCAGUCCAAAGCUUCCAAACUUGUUGCUCCUGCACCAGUUCCCCAGCUUCCACAAAUUAAAGACCCAAAGCCGGUAGCACCAGUGCCAUUUGCUCUACAGACAGAGGGUCCUCCACCAGCACCUGAACCAACGGGUGCCAUGCCUCAAAUGAAGGGUCCAAAAGCAGCAAAUCCUGAAUUGACAGGUCUUGGACAGACUAAUGGUCAGAGGGCAAAGCCUGCGAAGCCUGACUGUGGACCCGGUGGAGUGCCUGGACAGUGGACUAAGCUGCCCAAUCCUGGUUUUGGUCCUGGAGCAUGGUACCCAAACAGUGGAGGAGCCAAGGCUACUAAAUCAGGUCUUGGAGGAUAUGGAACUAAACCCAAACAACCAGACUAUGCUAAUGGACAAGUCCUGCUCCCAGUGACUGGUUAUGGUUAUGGCAAUGGUCCAGCUGGCCUCAGUGAGACCGUCAAAGGCAUACCUGGAAAUGGAUAUCAGCCUGCUACAGGAGGAACAGGCCAACUACCAUACAAUGGUGCACCCAUCGUUCCUGCUGGACUGGAUGGAACAAGUCAGAUCCAACCCCAGACUGCAGAACUUGGACCUGAAGCUAAAUCUGGUGGUGCUUAUGGUACUCAGCCACUGGUGGGCUCUGAAGGAAAGUCUCAAACAAAAUAUGGUAUUGGUGGUCUACCUUUUGCUGGCUUGCCAAUGGGAUAUGGCCUUGACCCCUAUGGAAGCUAUGGGAAUCCCUAUGUGGCUCAGCCCUAUGCUCCAAAACCAGCAGGAAAAUAUGGUGUACCAUACAACCCUAAGCCUCUAGGAUUGAGUGUUGAUCCUAAAUCCAUGGGCAAAUAUGGAAUCGGAGGCUUACCAUAUGGCGGACAGCAUCUAGGACCUGGCAGCAAGGCUAAGUCCUCUGGUAAAUAUGGAUCUCAACUAGGAAUGGGAGGCCUGCCUUAUGGUGGACAGCCACUUAAUCUGGGCCCUGAUGCUGGGAAGUCUGGGAAAUAUGGCCAGCCUGCCAUGCCUUAUGCUCCAGAAUCCAUUAGCUUUGGUGGUGAAGCUAAACUGGCUGGGAAAUAUGACCAGCCGGCGCUACCCUUUGACUCUGGACUGGUUGGCCCGGUGACAGACGGUCAGUCUGUUGCUCAGCCCGCUCUGCCUUAUGAAGCCCUGCCUCCUGGUCCUGAGAUUGAUGGGAUGAAGUCUGUGGACCAGUUCGGAGAAGGAGAGAUCCCACCUCAGCCUGAUGCUGCCCUGGUACAUGGAUUUGGAGAAGGAGAUGCCAAAUCUGCAGGAACAGGCAGUUACAUCAGUGGAGGAAUCCAACCAGAAGCCAUCUCUUUUCCUGCUGCCCCCACCGCUGGCCCCUCCCCUGCCUUGGCUGGCUCUGCCUCCCUCCCGCUGGUCACAGCUGCGCUGCCUGAAACUGGGCCCUCCUCGCUAGGGCCACCUCAAGCCGAACCACCCAGCCCCCAGCUUCCUUCUCUCAUGCUGCAGCCGGUGACGCCCCAGCAGAUCCACAUUCAGCAGAAGCUCAAAGUCCACCUUCAUCCACAGGGCAAGUCCUGGACAGGAGGAACGGAAGGCAAAUAUGAUCUAAAAGGAUUCCUUGGGAAUGGAUAUCAAGGAUGAUACAGAAGAGUGGAGUGUAUCUGAAUAAGUGUG